GGCAGAGUCGUGAAACCACAUCACCGCGCUCAUCUCCGUUUCGGCCUGUGCAGGGUCUAAGCUGCUAAAGAAGCUUUAACCUUAAGGGGGCCUCAGGGAGAGAGGAGUUGUGCUGCCGCUGCCGAGAGCCCCACCUCCGCGGCUCCCGGUCCCGGGUCCCGGCCUGUGGCGGCGAGAGGCGGCCUCAGGAGGCAGUGGAGGCGACGGCGGCCGACCUGCCCGGGUCUCCCUCGCUCCGUGCAGGACUGGGAGAGGGUAUCCGCCAUAUUGGAGCCGGAACCGAAGGUGCUUUGCAGCCGCGGCGCGAGGCGGGAGGAGGUGGCGGCCCUGGCCUGGAUGUGAGAGGAGUCGGCUGCGCCGGGGCCCGCAAGCCUGGGGAGUGAAUGAGCUGCUUAGGCUAGUAUCCUCCCCGCCCACUCUCUCCACUUUCCGCCGCCGGGGCCGGGCCGGAGUCCCCGAGUCGGCUGUGGCGGCGGCAGCGGCAGGAUGUUCUCCAAGAAGCCGCACGGGGACGUGAAGAAGUCUACCCAGAAGGUGCUGGACACCAAGAAGGACGCGCUGACCCGUCUCAAGCACCUGCGCAUCGUCAUCGAGAAUGCAGAGUCUAUCGAUCUUAAACAGUUUUUUGACCAACAUUUUUCACAUAUAUAUUAUGUGUUCUUUGAGAAUUUUGUGACUAUUGAAGCUAGUCUGAAACAGAAAGGUCACAAAUCUCAAAGGGAGGAAUUGGAUGCUAUACUUUUUAUUUUUGAGAAAAUUUUACAACUUCUUCCAGAAAGAAUUCAUCAGCGAUGGCAGUUUCAUAGUAUUGGAUUGAUUUUAAAGAAACUACUCCACACAGGAAACUCCUUGAAGAUCAGGCGGGAAGGUGUUCGUCUUUUUUUAUUAUGGUUACAAGCUCUUCAGAAUAACUGUAGCAAAGAACAACUUUGGAUGUUUUCUUGCUUAAUUCCCGGAUUUUCAGCACUACAAUCUGAACAUGGACCUCGAACUUUAGAUAAUCUCAUUAAUCCUCCACUCAACCUUCAAGAAACUCAAGUCACUAUAGAGGAAAUCACUCCUCUUGUCCCCCCACAAUCAGGAGACAAAGGACAAGAAGAUCUCACAAGCUAUUUUCUUGAAGCACUUUUAAAAUAUAUAGUAAUUCAGGUAAAAAGUUUAGAAUGGAAGAACAAAGAAAACCAAGAAAGGGGAUUUUCAUUUUUGUUUUCACAUUUUAAGAAAUAUUACUUGCCUUAUAUUUUCCCAAACAUCUGCAAGGAGAAUAGUUUAUAUCAUCCUGUACUUGAUAUCCCACAGGUGAGACCAAAGCCACAUUAUGUUAUGAUAAAGAAGGAUGCUGAAACCAAUGAAGCAAUCUAUUGUACAAAGGAGCCUUUCAUUAAGGCUCGGGUUAUUGUCAUUCGUUGGCUGGUUUCUUUCUGGCUUGAGCCAAAGCCACAUACAGGACCUCAUAUUCCUGGGAUGGAAGGUGAAGUCUUGCCAAAGAAUAUUCAGAGAGCAGCUGCUAGUUUGGUAUCCAGAGAAGAAAACAAAAAUGAUAAUGCUGAUAAAGCAGAUAGAACUACAGAACCAGAACAGUCCCAUUCUAAUACAAGCACUCUCACGGAGCGAGAACCUAGCUCAUCUAGUCUCUGCAGUAUUGAUGAAGAACAUCUCACAGACAUUGAAAUAGUUCGCAGAGUUUUUUCUUCUAAAAGAAGUAAUGUAAACUUUGUCACAGAGAUAUUUCGUCAGGCAUUUUUGUUACCAAUUUGUGAAGCAGCAGCUAUGAGAAAAGUGGUAAAAGUAUAUCAAGAAUGGAUCCAGCAAGAAGAAAAACCUUUGUUUAUGCAAGAGCCUGAAGAAAUUGUGAUCUCCUCUUCAGACUUACCUUGUAUUGACAAUGUCACAGACCGUGUUAUUUCAAUGGAAGAAGGAGAAAAGAGAGAAGAGGAAAAUGGGACUGAUGUUGCUGAUCAUGUUCGAAAUUCUACUUGGACAAAAAAUGGCACCUACCAAGAUGUUCUUCAUAAUGCCUCCGAAGAAGCCACAGAACAAAACAUACGAGCUGGUACCCAGGCAGUUUUGCAGGUGUUUAUUAUAAACUCAUCAAACAUAUUUCUUCUUGAACCUGCAAAUGAAAUUAAAAACCUUCUGGAUGAGCACACAGAUAUGUGUAAACGCAUUCUUAACAUUUAUCGGUUCAUGGUUGUGCAAGUAUCAAUGGACAAAAAAACUUGGGAACAGAUGCUGCUUGUGUUGCUCAGAGUCACGGAGUCUGUACUGAAGAUGCCAUCACAAGCUUUUCUACAGUUCCAGGGGAAAAAAAAUAUGACCUUGGCAGGUCGACUUGCAGGACCACUUUUCCAGACUCUUAUCGUUGCCUGGAUCAAAGCAAAUCUAAAUGUGUACAUCUCUCGAGAACUAUGGGAUGACUUACUCUCAGUAUUAUCAUCAUUGACCUAUUGGGAGGAGUUAGCCACUGAGUGGUCACUGACUAUGGAAACACUAACUAAAGUUUUAGCUAGAAAUUUAUAUAGUUUGGAUCUCAGUGAUUUACCAUUGGAUAAGCUGAGUGAACAGAAGCAAAAAAAGCACAAAGGGAAAGGAGUUGGACAUGAAUUUCAGAAAGUUUCAGUUGACAAGUCAUUUUCUAGAGGAUGGAGUCGUGAUCAGCCUGGCCAAGCCCCAAUGAGACAGAGAAGUGCAACAACUACUGGGUCCCCAGGAACUGAAAAGGCAAGGAGUAUAGUACGGCAAAAAACUGUUGCCAUGAGAAGCCGAUCCAUUGGUGAAUGUGCUCUGCCAUCGGCCUAUAUACGCAGUGCUAAAAGUGCUCCUGUUCUGAUCCAUACUUCCAAACCCUUCUUGCCUGAUAUUGUUCUCACUCCCCUUUCUGAUGAGCUUUCAGAUAUUGAUGAUGCUCAAAUACUUCCCCGCCCAACUAGAGUCAGACAUUUUUCACAAAGUGAAGACACUGGAAAUGAAGUUUUUGGUGCUUUGAAUGAGGAACAGCCAUUGCCUCGAAGUAGCAGCACUUCUGACAUCUUGGAACCAUUCACUGUUGAACGAGCCAAAGGUGCAGUUCCUGUCAUUGACAGUUCAUCCCGUCAUGCGCCAAGCUUGCAGAGUUCCACAGAGGCUUCUUCAAUAACUAGAUCCACUGAAAGCCACAUCACUGAUACUCAUAGUAGAGAGUCUUCUCUGGAAGUUGGUGAUAGCAUAUAUGAUCAUCUUUGUCACUUAAUAGAUCCGGUAGAACUUGCAGAUUCAGCUUUUGAACAAAUCCAGUACAUUGACCUUGAAGGAGAUGACGAUCUUCUUUCCUCCCUGAAAGAAUAUUUUAAGGAAAACCAGGAAAAUCAUAGUAGAAAUGAGUUAGGUAAAGAUGUAGCUUCUCAGGAAUUGAUUGUUGGAGUAAAUAGGGAUGAACAGUCAUCCUUAGAUAAAUUAGAAUACAUAGACCAGGAAAGUAAAUCAGAAAAUAUCACCUCUUUUGUUGGGACUCCUGAAAACAUUCAGUUUCAAAAAGAACCAAACUCCGCUGUCUUCGUGAGUAGUAUUGCACCUAACCAGUUAGACAGUUUUAUGAGAACAAAAACUUAUGAAAAAGCUAAGGAACUAAACAGUGAUAAACAGUCAUCAGAACCUAAUUCAGGUAGCCCUUGUGAUAAAGAAAUGAGGAAACACCUGUAUAGACAAACAGCCACAGAAUUAGAUGCCUGUGUAGAUACAACGCUAGCUGAAAAGGUUAAGGGUGUGCAAAUUAAUGAAAAAAUCACUGUCCCACAUGUUAUGCAUGCCAAGAAAACUACACUAAAAACACCUGUUAACCACAGACUGCCUCAUGUUACAAACACUAGCAAGCUUUCUCCAACUAAAAGGAGCUUGUCUGAAACAGUAACUCCUAGAGCCAAAAUCAUGAAAAUUACUACUAAAAAACGAAAUACUGUUCAUGUUACUUUUAGACCAUCUACUGAGUCAGUUCAGUUUUAUAAUCCUCUGGAAAACAAAGAGGCUCCAUGGAAGAUGAGACUGCGGAAGCUUGGUGGUUUUAGUAGUAGUAGUAAUAGCAACAGCAGCACCAGCAACCCCCAUGCCAGCUCAAAUAGUUUUACAGAGAUAGUGAAACCUGGUGUGUACAGGCCUCUAGAUUCAGUUGGUACAGCAUCAGUAAGUAGCAAAACAAGUAAGGAAUCUACAGAGAUUCCCACCACUAUAUUACAAAAAGAAGGAAUUGCAAGUAAUCAGUUAGGUAGUCGUAGUACUCUUAGGUCAUCAAGUCAUGAGGCAGGACUACAGCAGGGCUCCCUGGGUGGCGUUUAUAAAACUGUUGUACAUGCUCUUUCGAAGCCGAAGGCAAAUGUUUCCCCACAGAGGCAGAACAGAAUGCCACCAGAGGCUCCACUGAGGGAUCUGUACAGUCAUGUAAUGGGCUAUUUUGGAAGGAAAGCUGCAGUCAAUAAAGAGGACAUGAGCCCAAAACUGCCCCCUCUUAAUAGUGAUAUUGGCAGCAGCAAUGCUAAUGUUCCUGAUCUGAUGGAUGAAUUUAUAGCAGAACGACUUCGAAGUGGUAAUGCCUCAACUAUGACAAGAAGGGGAAGUAGUCCAGGCAGUCUUGAAAUUCCCAAAGACCUCCCUGAUGUUCUAAACAAGCAAAACCAAAUGCGCCCUAUUGAUGACCCAGGUGUGCCCUCAGAGUGGACUUCUCCUGCCAGUGCAGGGAGCAGUGAUCUUAUCAGCUCAGAUAGUCAUUCGGAUUCUUUCAGCGCUUUCCAAUACGAUGGCCGAAAAUUUGACAAUUUUGGCUUUGGAGCUGAUGCUGGGAUUGCAUCCUCUGCUGAUGUGGACUCAGGUUCUGGCCAUCACCAAAGUGCUGAAGAGCAAGAAGUGGCUAGUCUAACCACACUUCAGUUGGAUUCUGAAACAAGCAGUCUUAAUCAACAAGCUUUCUCCGCUGAAGUUGCAACGGUUACUGGUUCAGAAAGUGCUUCUCCAGUCCAUUCAGCUCUGGGAUCCAGGUCACAGACGCCUUCUCCUUCCACACUGAAUAUAGAUCACAUGGAACAGAAAGAUCUGCAGCUUGAUGAGAAGCUCCACCAUUCUGUUCUUCAGACGCCAGAUGACCUAGAAAUCAGUGAAUUUCCAUCUGAAUGUUGUAGUGUGAUGGCAGGGGGUACACUCACAGGAUGGCAUGCUGAUGUUGCUACUGUAAUGUGGCGAAGAAUGCUAGGCAUUUUGGGAGAUGUCAACGCUAUUAUGGAUCCUGAAAUACAUGCCCAAGUUUUUGAUUACCUCUGUGAGCUUUGGCAAAAUCUAGCUAAGAUUAGAGAUAAUCUUGGCAUUUCAACUGAUAACCUGACCUCCCCUUCACCACCAGUUUUGAUUCCUCCACUGAGAAUUCUUACACCUUGGCUUUUCAAGGCAACCAUGUUGACUGAUAAAUAUAAACAAGGUAAAUUACAUGCUUACAAACUUAUUUGUAAUACAAUGAAAAGAAGACAAGAUGUUUCUCCAAAUAGAGAUUUUCUAACACAUUUCUACAAUAUAAUGCAUUGUGGAUUACUUCAUAUUGAUCAGGAUAUUGUCAAUACAAUCAUCAAGCACUGCUCACCUCAGUUUUUUUCACUUGGUUUGCCUGGUGCCACAAUGCUUAUUAUGGAUUUUAUUGUAGCAGCUGGUAGAGUGGCUUCUUCAGCAUUUCUCAAUGCACCAAGAGUGGAAGCACAAGUUCUUCUGGGAUCCUUGGUUUGUUUUCCUAACUUAUAUUGUGAACUCCCUGCUCUCCAUCCCAACAUUCCUGAUAUUGCCAUGUCUCAGUUUACAGAUGUUAAGGAACUUAUAAUCAAAACUGUAUUAAGCUCAGCAAGAGAUGAGCCCUCUGGCCCUGCACGAUGUGUAGCACUGUGCAGUUUAGGUAUUUGGAUUUGUGAAGAACUAGUCCAUGAGUCUCAUCAUCCUCAAAUUAAGGAAGCUCUGAAUGUAAUUUGUGUUUCCCUAAAGUUUACCAAUAAAACAGUAGCCCAUGUAGCUUGUAACAUGCUUCACAUGCUGGUUCAUUAUGUACCUAGACUUCAGAUUUACCAACCUGAUUCUCCCUUGAAAAUUAUUCAAAUCCUAAUAGCCACUAUUACCCAUCUUUUGCCAAGUACAGAAGCUUCAUCUUAUGAAAUGGAUAAGAGGUUGGUUGUAUCCUUACUUCUGUGCCUCCUGGACUGGAUCAUGGCCUUACCUCUAAAGACACUGCUCCAACCAGUCCAUGCUACAGGAGCAGAAAAUGAUAAAAUAGAAAAAUCUGUCCUCAAUUGCAUUUAUAAGGUAUUACAUGGGUGUGUUUAUGGAGCUCAGUGUUUUAGCAAUCCAAGGUAUUUUCCAAUGAGCCUCUCUGACUUGGCAUCUGUAGAUUAUGACCCUUUUAUGCAUUUGGAAAGUCUGAAAGAGCCUGAACCUCUUCACUCUCCAGAUUCAGAACGAUCUUCUAAACUUCAGCCAGUGACAGAAGUGAAAACUCAGAUGCAACAAGGAUUAAUCUCUAUAGCCGCCCGCACUGUUAUUACACAUCUGGUAAAUCACUUGGGCCAUUAUCCAAUGAGUGGUGGUCCUGCUAUGUUAACAAGUCAGGUGUGUGAAAAUCAUGACAAUCAUUACAGUGAAAGUACUGAACUUUCUCCUGAACUUUUUGAGAGUCCAAAUAUCCAGUUCUUUGUGUUGAACAAUACAACCUUAGUGUCCUGUAUCCAGAUCAGAUCAGAAGAGAGUAUACCUGGAGGAGGUUUAUCAGCUGGCCUUGCAUCAGCCAAUUCAAAUGUCAGAAUCAUAGUACGUGAUCUCUCCGGAAAAUAUUCCUGGGAUUCUGCCAUCCUGUAUGGACCACCUCCUGUAAGUGGCUUGUCAGAACCUACAUCUCUCAUACUUUCAUCAUCUCGUCAAGAGAAGGCCGAAGAGCCUCCUACAUCUAAUGAAUGCUUAGAAGAUAUAACAGUAAAUGAUGGGGUUUCCCUCCAGUUUAAAAGAGGAUUUAGAGAAACUGUACCAACUUGGGAUACCAUAAGAGAUGAAGAAGAUGUUCUUGAUGAGCUUUUGCAAUAUUUAGGUAUAACUAGUCCUGAAUGCUUACAGAGAACUGGAAUUUCACUUAAUAUUCCUGCUCCACAACCUGUGUGCAUUUCUGAAAAACAGGAAAAUGAUGUUAUUAAUGCUAUCCUUAAGCAGCAUACAGAGGAAAAAGAAUUUGUUGAGAAACACUUUAAUGACUUAAACAUGAAAGCUGUGGAGCAAGAUGAACCAACACCUCAAAAGCCUCAGUCAGCAUUUUAUUAUUGCAGAUUGCUUCUUAGCAUAUUGGGAAUGAACUCCUGGGACAAAAGGAGGAGCUUUCAUCUCCUGAAGAAAAAUGAGAAACUACUGAGAGAACUUAGGAACUUGGAUUCCAGACAGUGUCGAGAGACUCACAAGAUCGCAGUGUUCUAUGUUGCUGAAGGACAAGAAGACAAACAUUCCAUUCUCACCAAUACAGGUGGAAGUCAAGCAUAUGAAGAUUUUGUAGCCGGUCUUGGUUGGGAGGUCAAUCUUACAAACCACUGUGGUUUCAUGGGAGGACUACAAAAAAACAAAAGCACUGGAUUGACCACACCGUAUUUUGCUACCUCCACAGUAGAAGUAAUAUUUCAUGUAUCAACAAGAAUGCCUUCUGAUACUGAUGACUCUUUGACCAAAAAAUUGAGACAUUUGGGAAAUGAUGAAGUACACAUUGUUUGGUCAGAGCAUACUAGAGACUACAGGAGAGGAAUUAUUCCUACAGAAUUUGGUGAUGUCCUUAUUGUCAUAUAUCCAAUGAAAAAUCACAUGUUCAGUAUCCAGAUAAUGAAAAAACCAGAGGUUCCCUUCUUUGGUCCACUUUUUGAUGGUGCUAUUGUGAAUGGAAAAGUUCUACCCAUUAUGGUUCGAGCAACAGCUAUAAAUGCAAGCCGUGCUCUAAAAUCUCUGAUUCCACUGUAUCAAAACUUGUAUCCUUUUUGACAGUAUGGUUUCUACUCUAAUACAUGUCUGCUUUCCAAGUCUGAUAGUACAUUGGCUUCACAACAAAAAUAGCAAAGGAAAGGAAAGCACCUCACCAUCUCUUACCUGCUUUGUCGAAUCCAGAGUGGCAGUGUGGUCUGCGUAUGCCAACCUUUUUUGUUUGUUUGUUUGUUUGUUUGUUUUGAGAGAGAGCAUGAGUGGGAGAGGGGCAGAAAGAAAGGGAGACAGAGAAUCCCAAGCAGGCUCCGUGCUGUCUGCACAGAGCCCAGUGUGGGGCUCAAUCCCAUGAACCGCAAGUCAACAGGAGCCAAAAUGAAGAGUCUGACGCUCAACCGAGGCGCCCCUACAUAUGCCACUGAGCCACCCAGGCGCCCCUACAUAUGCCAGUCUUAACAAUUGGUUCAUAUCAUAGUGUAACAGAAAGAAGGUAGAGAACUCUAUCGGGUAUUGAGCAAAAAGUCUUUAAAAAUAACAAAACUUGGGGCGCCUGGGUGGUUCAGUCAGUUAAGCAGACUCUUGAUUUCGACUCAGAUCAUGAUCUCACAGUUUGUGGGAUCAAGCUUCACACUGGGCUCUGCACUAACAGCGUGGAGCCUGCUUGGGAUUCGCUCCCUCCUGUCUGUCUGUCUCUCUCUCUCUCUCUCUCUCUCAAAAAUAAAUAAAAAAUUUAAAAAAAUCAUAGAACUUGAAGUUUCUUUACUUCCAUCUUUAUUAAAUUCUUACCUGUGAUAGAACAGGGAUUUUUUUUUCUGUUAAACCCUUACGUUUUUUUUUUUUUUUUUUGAUUGGUGAUUAAGGUGCACUGGUAUGGACAUAUUAUCAUUCACUACACCUACUACAUAUUUUACAAGUUUUAUUUUAGUCUUUGUUUAAUAUAAAAACAGAUUUAGAUGCUAUUUGGGGAUUUCAGAUAGCAAAGAAUGAAGGAUGUAAAGCUGAAAUUAGUCUUUAACCUUGUUUGACAUAGGAAUUGCAGUGCUUUUAAUCCAUUCUUUUCCUUUUACUAAACAUAAGGGCUUUUGCCAUUGAAUUUUUAAUAACUCAAUAAUGGAAUUAAAAUUAAACUAUGGGUCACAAAUCUCCCCAUUUUCUUCUAACUGCUUUUUCCUCUCAAACACUAGAAUACAGCCUAUUUAAAUCUUAACUUUUGCUUGCCAAACCACUGUUACCGUCCAUCUGUUCAUGCCAAUUGUAAAGAAGGUUCGGUUUUUAGUGAAGCUUUGCAUUUCACAUAAGGUAUGUGAAGUGAAAUUUCACAAGGGACAUGAUGGAUCCUGAUUCUUAGUGAUAAACCUUUGGGGCCAUCAGGGUUGGCAUAUGGUCCAGUAUGAUAUGAAGGCUUGGGUUCCCUGGCUUCACUUCUUUGGCGUGAAGCUGAUAAAACCUGGCUCUUGAGUAUUAUUUCACUGGACACCAAUCAUGGGCAGCAGGAACUGCCCAUUUAACUCUCUGUGGGAAGGAAGCCCAGAGAGCAUUCACAAUGGUACCAUUGUCGAGUUGCAAACUGCUCUGAACAGCUUGACAGCACUAGGGAGGAGGGGAAGGGGUUGCUUUACUAAUUGCUGUUCAGAAAAGAGAAGGAGCAAAAAUAGCUGUUGUAGAACUGAUGUUUCUACAUUUACUGUCUUGAUAGGAGUGUUGACUUUUAUUUAGCACAUACCUACUAUCAAAAAGAAAGCAAAUAAAUAUAUUUAAGCAACCACCUGGAGUAAUGCCUUGUUAACAUGCCAUUAUCUAUUUUAAACCCACCAGAUUAUAGCAGAGCAAAAGUCAGUUUAGCUUUAUGAUAUUUUUAUGUUUAGAUAAAAACAAUAUAUUUUUUUAAUCUUCACAAAAAUUUUUUUUGAAUUUAAAAGAAGGGAAAAUGAAUUAAAAACCACCACAAUUAAUGUAUCAGAUAAAGUUAAAGACAAACUUGGCUUAAUUUCCUUUAUACUAUGCUUUUUAGAAUUCCCAAAUAUCAUCUGAAUACCUAUAAGCUGUAUUAAUGUAGAAAUGCAAAUUAAUCUUAUGCAUAACAAUUGCAAGUGCUAAAAUAAUCAUUAUAGAUAAACUAGUCAGCAAAUCUUAAGGUUAAAUACCAGAUUUAUCAUUUAAAUGGGUAGCUGGUAACUAUUUCAGUCACUCCUGGUUCUCUCUCCUUGAAGUCUGUUUCGAGUAUCUUUAAAAAUAUGAGGGUUUCCCUUUUUAUGAAGCACUGUGGGCCAUGAUAUUUGUAUAAACACUACUCUUGGUGUUUGCAUUUUCUGGUCAGUCAAAUCAAGCAGUUGGUGGUUCUGAUCCAAAGAAACAAUGAUCUACAACCAAUCCUAAAAAAAAAUUAGAGGUUUUUUAAGCCUACAGUAUAUUUCCAUAGAUGAUUAUUUCAUCUGAACUUAAGUUGACCAAAUUAUAUUGCAAUAUUAUACCUUAUGCAACAACAUGUCCUUUAAAAGGAUCAGAGAGAUAUUUUCAGAAAACUUUUUUAGUUUAUAAUUUUUUUUAACGGGAUGCUCUUGCUAAGUUGGUGGAAAAUCAAAUGCAUGUUUUGUGAAAUGGUAACAGUCUGUAAAAGGUACUAGUGGUCCAUCUCCUCAUGUCCCCUUAAAUGCUUUUAGUAAAUGGACACCAGUGCAGUAUUUCAAAACCAGUAAUUCAUUGAAUGCCCAUUCUUCCUUUUACUGCAGAGUAGAUUAUAUUUAAGUCAAGAUUAAUGGGUAGAUUUUGAUGUUAAAGUCCAGUCUCUAAGCCCAUCAUUCCCUAGGGGCAUAUAGUGCAUUAGUUUAAGCCAAUAUACUGUUUAUCAUAGAUUCUAUGACACAGUCUUAAAUGACAGUUUGUUGUACUUUGUAACUACUUACCAUGAUAAUAAAUCACUUUUUCUGUACUCCUGAUAAUUACAGCAUUUAAACAAAAUCUUAAUUAAGUUAGUACACAUUUAGGGAGAGAUAACACGUAAGUAAUUGUACACUGUAAAAUUUCACUUAUUUAGUAAUUUUUUUCCCUUUUGUAGUCUUCUAACAAGAGUCCAAGUUUAGUAUUUAGUUCAAACACCUAAGUUCAUUUCCUCAACUUUAAUGUAUUGAAAUUUUUGUUACCAAAAGGAACAAUACAGAUUGUUUCUAGUCAUCCCCCAAUGUUUUUUAAACUCUUAAUCUAACACUUGUGAUUCUGAAGCAGUUCUGUUGACUGUGAAAGUCUUGUUAUUAUGUACGGUAACAUUUUUAAGUACAUCUUACCAAGAAUGAAAGUCUAAAAUUUUAACUUCAUAUUAAAUUUGAAAUCUAGGUAACUUAGUUUUUCUUUUAGAUGUUUUACUUCAUUCAACUUUCAUGAAAGUGGAAUAGAUACACAUAUUCCAUAAUCAUAUUAGUGCUUUUUAGAAACCAUCAGUGAUUAUUGGAUUAUUAAAUCAGGAAGGAUUUUUAGAACCUUUAGGGAGGUUUAAAUUUUUAAUCCUAUUUAUUUAAGGUUAAUCUUUUUAAAUGUAUUUACAUGAACUUUGGUAGAAUUGGGCUUAUCAACUUUUUACUUAAUGUUUUCAUUUAGUAAUUGGCUGAUUUAUGAGCAAUUAUAUAUGGUCCAAAUUUUAUUCAACUCCAGCUUUCAAUAAUAGGACUAUCCUCACACUGCCUUAGCACCUGUUAUGGAUUUUGAGUCAUCUGGCAGCCCAUGGGACUUAGAUAAAGAAGUACCAGGUGUCCUGCCUGUCUCCUAAUUGAGACGCAGUGAAAACAAUAUAGACUUGGCAGUAUGGUUAAAAGGAUGGAUUAAAGCCCAGCUUUGUCUACUCUGACAAAUCACAGCUUUUCCCUCAUUGCGUAGUGGCAACUACUAAAGAAUUUGAUUAAUAUAAUGCAUCAUAAAAAUCAUACACAAUAAUUUGUUAUGACCUGUUGCAGACUUUCAGAAGAAUUUCUAUUAACAUAGUACAAAUAAACAAUAUUAAUACCAAGAUUUGUUCUAUUGGGGGAAUUUUAUUUUUACUGAAUAUGAGCUACACUUCAUGUUUCUUGAUGAAAUUAGCUACUGUAAGAAAGAAAUGGACUAUUAAUUUACCAGAUGCUUUAUAAUGUAAGCAAGUAUAUUACUUUCAUCUUAUAGGUGAGCCAUGCCUAGUAAAUAGUUCAUGGGAUACUUAAUUGCCCUGUAUAUUUCAAGAAAACAUGUCCCUUUAUUACUGCAAAUAAAUUAGCCACACGAUCCUUGAGAUGUACUUGCAAAAUAUAUCUACAUAUAUCCUAUAUCAAUAAAAUUAUUUUUCAUUAUUUCUCUAAGACCCUGUGUAAGGACAUCGCUUCAGAAUAUUUGAAGAUAUUUCAGGGCCUUUUCGAACUAAAAAGCCAAAUGUGGUUUAUUUUCUCAUUUUUAUUAGAGUGUGCCAAGAAUUUUUAUGUAUUAUAUAUAAUGUUCUUGUAUAUAAACAUCUUUCAAAAAUUGCCAGUCCUCAAAUUUAAGCUAACAUUUUGUUGGCCAUACUUGAACUAACUAAAAUGCUUCCUAUACCUUUCUUUUCUCCAUACAAAACUGAAAUCAUUGAGAUUGGAUAUAGAAAAGAGCACUGGACUAUUAAAUGACCAAAGUUCUAAUGCUGACUCUACAUAUCAGCAGCUUUGUUUUUCUGAGCAAAUCUAUGUUUGUAUUCUCCAUCCAGGCAAGGCUUAUUGUGAAUAAACGUAUUAUAACGAUUUUGCUAAGCUUACUGAAAGAAAUGUUGGUAGAUGAUUGUUGUAUACUUCCUCUAGUUCGGACUGUCCCAAAAUACUCUCAAUAAAUGAUGCCCUGGCAUGCCUCUCAAGAUAGUCUUUUUAAAAACCUAAAUAUUUAAAAUUCUGAGUAUUAUUUUUCAAGGGUGUUAUUACCUGUGUUCUUAUAGUGUGCCAGAGCAGUUUUGGAAAUCUGCCUAAAAUGGUUUUGAAAUUACCCUUCGCUGAUUUUUAUCUAGAGAUUUUCUUGACAUUUCUUCCCUUUCUCCUUUCUUUACAGAUGGCCAUUGAAAUGAAUAGAAAUAGUUUAUUAACUAAAUUUGUUGUCUCAUACCACUGUAGAAUUUAUGCAAAAUUUAAAGAUUUUUUUUUUAAGUUUAUUUAUUUAUUUUGGGAGAGAGAGGGAGAGAGAGACAAUCCCAAGCAAGCUCUGCACUGUCAGCAUUGAGGCCAGCUAGGGCUUAAACUCACGAACCAUGAGAUCAUGACCUGAGCCAAAACCAAGAGUUGGAUGCUUAACCAGUUGAGCCACCCAGGCACCCCAAAGAUUUCUUUAAAUUUAAAAAGUUGUCACAACCAAUGGGGUAAAACAUUUCAGUGCUAAAUUGUAAUGAGUUGUAAUUACUUUCAAGAUUUAUAGGAUUUCUUCUUUAACAAUUAUGAUUUUUUUUAAGUUAUUAGUUUUCUUUUUUCUUAAUGUUAUACCUUAUGUAUAUAUAUGUUGUAUUUUAUUCACUUUUUCUUCUUCCAGAGAAGGUCAGCAAGAUCAAGGGUGGGAUGGAACCAAACUUUCUCACAAGGAUUCAAACUCUGUCUCUAAAUCCAAUCUUAGGAAAGUCCCAACUAUAUUGGCCCCAAAAGGUUUUGCUUCUGGAGAUCUAAAUUGGGGUUCAAGGAAGGGGUUGUUUGCAUAACAGUCUUCUAAUCGACUGUGAAAACUUUAUUCAUUCCUUCUAUAAUUUAUAAACAUCAAGUACUUCUGGUCUUGUGUUAGGUGCUGGAUAUAGAAAGAUAAUAAAAGACAUGGCCUCUGGCCCCAUGACAUUAGUGUCCCUGCUAGUUUGUUAGGAGAACAAGCACAAAGACAAAGGCAUACUUGGGAGGGGGCGGGUGCCUGGGUGGCUCAGUCUGUCAGGCGUCCAACUCUUGAUCUUGAUUGAUCUCAGCUCAGGAACUUGAUCUCAAGGUUGUGAGUUCAAGCCCUGCAUUGGGCAUGAAGCCUACACGGGGAGGGGGACGGGGUGGGGGAGGAAGUGGCAGGAGCAUACUUAUUAUUUAGUAACUGGUGCUGAAAAAAGGGAGGAAGCCCUGAUUUGUGGCAUUUGUCGAGUCCUAUGAUGUGAAAACUUUCACCAUAGCCAAUUUCAGUCUACCAGCCAUCUUAGAAAUGUGGUGAAUAUCAUAAGUAGUACUCUCCAAUUUUUUUUUUAAUAGGCAGAAUUCUCCCUCUGUUCUUGGGAAAAUCUAUACAAAAAAAGGAAAUAAAAUUCCUAUGUGCUAAAACAGCAAAGAAAUCACAGAAAUAUAUGAGUGCAGGCAAGUGCUUAACUAAAUUAGGAAUUUCAGAAUGGGCCUUAAAUCCCUGAGGCUAUGAUAUUGAGUACAGAUAUAAACAUUCCAUACUUUGCCUUCACUUUAAAAGGAGCCAAUAUUUUUUAUCUUGUUUAGGAAAGAAAACCUUAAAUCUGAACUUAAGAGGAAAUUAAGUGGUGAUAGGUCUCAUAUAUAUGUUUACAAUUAUAAUUUUCAUUACUCCUUUUUGUGAAAAAUGCUUCAUAUUCUUCCUAUGUGCAUUAUAAUGUAUACAUACACACUUCCAUUUUUUUUUUGAGACUAGUCACAAAUUACAGUUGAGCUAAAUGUUUGUAAAAUCUAUUUGCCAUGCCAUGAAAGUAGUGAUCACAAAACUGAAGGUUUUGCCCUUAUCUAGCUAGCUAGCUAGCUAUCUAGAGCAAGCAAGCCAGUGGGGGAGAGGGACAGAGAGAGAGAGGAAGAGAAUCUCAGACAGGCUCCACACUCAGUGCGGAAUCUGAUGCGGGGCUUCAUCCCACAACCCUGGGAUCAUGAUCUGAGCCAGAGUCAAGAAUCCCAGAUGCUUAGCCAACUGAGCCACCCAGGCACCCUGAAAGUUUUGCCUUUUCUAACAGUAAAAGCAGUUCAGAAUCAUAUUAAGAAAAUUGUAGAGAAUGAAGGGUUGUUGCUUCUUCAAAACCAAAUCUACCUUUUGGGGCGCCUGGGUAGCUCAGUCAGUUAAGCAUCUGACUCUUGAUUUCAGCUCAGGUCAUGAUCUCACGGUUCAUGAGUUCGAGCCCCAUGUCAGGUUCUGUGCUGAUGGUACAGAGCCUGCUUGGGAUUCUCUCUUCAUCCCUCUCUUUCUACCCUGCGCACACUCUCUCUCAAACUUAAAAAAAAAAAAAAUCUACCUUUCGUGUAUCAUCCCUGUACACUAGUAAAAUUGAAAAAUGUAUUAUCCUCCUGCAGUAGCUUUUCUUCAUAUUUUUUUCUCAUGAGAAAUCCGUUUCCUCUCAUCAAAAUAGGUCAAAAGGCCCUCAGUACAUACCACAAACAAGAAAUAUUAUCAGAGUUCUUGUACAUAAAUACAGGUAUAUUUCGUAAACAGACAUCGAAAAUUGCCCUCAGGGAGACAGCACCUGCUAUUUACAAAGACUUGAGCCAAAAGCCAGAAAAACCAUUUUCAGCACAGAUGUAGGGGGACUUUUGGGUUACCCCAUAUUUAUAUCCUUUAUCUUCAAUAUCCUUAUUACAUAAAUAGGAGCAGGUGGUGGUAUCCCCAUUUAACAUAUAGAAAAACUGCAGCACGGAGAAUUCAUGCAUCUCUUUCCAGGACCGGGCAGAAAUUGAACCCUAGUUCUUGACAGCUGGUCUUGAUACAGUGACACAGAGCCAUAAAUAAUUUCAUAUGUAAGUUUAGAAUCAAAAGUAGUUACUUAAAAUGAAUAAUAAUGUUAAGCACAGAUUAGGUUUAAAGUAUUUAUACUACAGAAAAUGUUUAGUUCCCUUUAUUAAUUUUAGAAUAGUAAUAUUCCCCCCUUUUCUGCUUUUGCAGAAAGUAGAAGGAAGGAGGAUUAGUGGAUAAUUAUAUUGCUGAUUGCAGCACCUGUGUGUUAUUUCUUUUGAUUGGCUGGUUCUGUAUUAAAGAUUCCUACCAGCUAAAAGUCUCCCUCAUCAAAUGGCUUUUUGUUAGCUAGUUUUGGCUUAGGUUGUUUUAAAUUUACAACAAAAACCUUAAUUCAACUUAAACUUGUACUUUAAAUUGUGUUUUGAAUUUGUUUAUCAUUCCCUUUUUAUCUCACCCAUUUCAGUUUUUUAAUUUCAAUGUCAAUGGCAACAUGCACUCACAAUAGGAAUAUAGCUUGAGCUCUCCUGUUUUUGCUAGCCGUCAAGUUUGUGUAUGUCACCCAAUUUAUAGGUACUAAUAACUCUUCCCUAGAGAGUUGCCUUUUAAGGCAUAAGUGUUCUAAUCUAUUAUGAGGAGAUAUAGGAAUUAAUGGCUUUGGAUUAUGGUUGCCAUUGCAGAUGCUAACAGCACUGUGUUUAACUUUAUCAUCAUCUCAAUCACAAAACAUCCUGUUUAUAGAUUCGAACUGUGGUUUAAGUGUUAAAGUUCCUUGUGUCUCCUUAAUAUAUAUUUUCUGAAAGGGGGGAAAAUGUAAGUACUAUAGAUUAAGUUAGUUUGUUUUGAUGUUGUUGUUAAUCUGGCUACAUCAAACUUGGAAAAUUAUAAAGAAUAUUUAGCUUUUAGAAAGUGAGUUACCAAAAAAAAAAAAAAAAAAGGAAACUU